AUGGCAACGAACAACAACAGUUUCCAUGUGAAAGGAAAGGAAGAAGUACAAUUCGAUCGAAAAAAUGUGGUUGUGGCAUGUGAUGUGGUUAAUGGAAAGAUCACAUAUGUGGAUGUGAGCAGUCAAUUGAUGGGAGUGUUGUUCGCCGGCGAUGAAAUUCUGAAUGUCAACGGAGAAGCGGUUGGAAAUCUGAUCUCCGCCACUCCUGUUCUAUAUAAAAUUGAAUUUCAGAACAUCAAGACAACAGCUGAUUUCAUUCGUGCAAUCAGUGCAAAACUUCCAGGAAAAGUUUCAAUUGAAUUCAUGAGAGAUGAUCAUUGCCUUGUCAGUGAAAAAGUAUUGACACCUCGUCGUCCCAAUACUCAAAUGGUUGAAUUAACUUUGACUUAUCGUGGAGGAGCGGCAACUGGAAUCAUCAUUCAUAGAAUGGCAUUUGAUCCAAAAACUGUAACCAUCGCAAUGGUCCAAUCCGCUUCGAAUGCAUGUCAUUAUGUGAAAGAUGGAGAUAUUUUAGUCAAAGUCAAUGACAUUUACGUUUUGGAUCGUGAUGCUGCAAGAAAACUUUUCUAUGCAAGUGUCAACAACACUAAAACCGUCCGUUUGACAUUGGAAAGAUCCACAACAACUGAUCCAUUGGGGCCAGCUCCUCCACCUCCAGAUGGUGUUCCAACUACUGCUAUCCCUGGAGGCGUCAAAAAGACAGGAAGUUCAAUGAUGCUUCCUCCACCCAAACCACCCCAGGGAAAAGCGAAUAAACAAUUCGAUGUGCUGCUUCCUCCUGACGUUCUUGAGAUUAUGAAAGCGAACAAGGAUUUUUACAAAAAGAUGUGCAAGAAUCCUCCGUGUAUCAUCAAAACAGCCAAUCCAGCUCCUCCAAUUCCAGCAACAUUGCCUUCUGAUCCUGCUCCAGAAGUCCGUAUUCCAUAUAUCCAAUCCCCAAAACCACUGAAGAUGACUCCGAAACGUGUUGGAUCUUGA